AUGUCGGUGCCGCUUCGUCACACCGCGCUGUACAGCUUCCACGUGAGCCACAAGGCCCGCAUGGUUCCCUUUGCGGGCUACCACAUGCCCAUUCACUACCCGCGUGGGCUUCUACACGAGCACCUGCACACCCGCAGUGCUGCCAGCCUCUUCGACGUCUCGCACAUGGGUUCUUUUGAGGUGUGGGGGGCGGACCGCUACAAGUUUUUCCAGUGGCUGACGCCUAGCGCGGUGGCGGGGCUGCCGGACGGGAACGCCGUCCUGACUCUCUUCCUGAACGAGUCUGCUGGGGUGAAGGACGACUGCAUUGUGUCGAAGUACACCGACCGUCUCCUCGUCGUGGUCAACGCGGGGUCCAAGGAGAAGAUCAUGUCGCACGUGAGGGAACAGCUCGCUGAGUUUAAGGGCGACGCCACCAUCGUGGAGUUGGACCGCGCCAUGUUGUCGUUGCAGGGGCCGCACGCGGCUGCCGUGAUGGCCCCCUUUGUGGAGGAACUGGAGAAGCUUUUCUUCAUGCAGACGCGCCGCAGCAUCAGUGUGCAGGGCAUGGACGUCACCCUGACGCGCUGCGGCUACUCUGGCGAAGACGGCUUUGACAUCAGUGUUCCCCACGAGCAUGCCGUGCAGUUUGCGGAGCUGCUGCUGCAGAACCCCGCUACGGAGCUCGCGGGGCUGGGGGCGCGCGACAGCCUGCGCACCGAGGCCGGCCUUUGCCUUUACUCGCAGGAGCUCUCAGAAGAGAUUAGCCCAGUGGAAGCGCGCCUCAUGUGGAGCAUUCCCAAGAGCCGCAUGAAGGAGGGCGGCUUUAUUGGCCACGACCGUCUCAAGACGCUGGUGCAACGCACGGAGGAGCUCGUGCCGCGCAUACGCAUGGGGAUAAUCUCCAUUGCGAAGGGCCCGGUGGGGCGGACGGGGACACCGAUUCUCCACGACAAGGCGGUGGUGGGGGAGGUGACGAGCGGCGUGCCUUCUCCCACGCUCGGGCGCAACAUUGCAAUGGGGUACAUCGACCGCGCGAAGGCCCGCGUGGGGCAGCACGUGGAGCUGGACGUGCGGGGGAAGCGCGUGCCGGGCGAGCUCACAUUGCCGCGCUUCGUCCCACUGCGGUACUACAAGGGCUGA